AUGCCGGCCACCUGGAAAGGCGAGUCCUACGCAAUCAACACCUACGUCGACGACCCCGAGGACGACGACAACGACAAUGAAGACGACGGCGACUCGUAUCUCGACGACGACGACGAGGAUAUCCUCGGCCGCCCUGAAGACGCGACCCUCUACGCAUACAGUGAUCCCGCUGCGGCCCAGAACCUGGCCGAGGAAGGCAGAGGCUUUGUUGCUCCUGGAGGUAUCCUCCGCGGCGAGGACUACCCCGAAGAUCAGGACGCUGAGGACAACGGCGUUUCCCCCGUCUGGCCCGCGCCCGCGCUCCAACUCCGCCGCCAUCUGACGACGCGAAAAGUCAAGUUCUUCCGCGGAAACCUCGUGCUGGACUGCCAGGUCUCUAAUGAACUGCUCUCGCGCUCGACAAACAGCACCGGCCGCGAGUUUACGCACAUGCGCUACACCGCCGCGACCUCGGCCACCCCGACUCUGUUCCCGCAGGAAGACUACACCCUCCGCCAGAGCCUGUACAACACGCCGCGCUCGACAGAGAUGUUUGUCGUCGUCACGCUCUACAAUGAGAGCGACGAGCUGCUGGCGCGCACGCUCAAGGGCGUUUUUGCAAACAUCUACCAUCUCUGCAAGAUUAAGCCCAACCGUCCCGGCGGCGACGUCUGGGGCCCUGAUUCGUGGAAGAAAGUCGUUGUCUGCGUCGUGGCAGACGGCCGUGCGAUCAUGAAGCCGCGCGCAAAAGCGCUCAUGGCCGCGCUCGGCUGCUAUCAGGAGGGCGUUGCCGUCAACAAAGUCGACGAGAAAGAAGUCACGGCUCAUAUUUACGAGUACACCACCCAGAUCGGCAUCUCGGACGUGCGCAACGGCGUCGUGAGCUUUUCCGACAACCGCGAGGACGAGAUGAAGAACAAGGCGUGUCCGAUCCAGCUCUUGUUUUGCUUGAAGGAGAAGAACGCAAAGAAGAUUAACUCGCACCGGUGGUUUUUCGAGGCCUUUGCGCCGAUCCUGCAGCCUAAUAUCUGCGUCUUGCUUGAUGCUGGUACAAAGCCGGGAAGCAAUUCGCUGUUCCAUCUCUGGUAUGAGUUUUACAAAAACCCGCACGUCGGCGGCGCCUGUGGUGAGAUUAAAGCCGAUCUCGGCCGCGCCGGACGCAAUCUUUUGAAUCCGCUCGUGGCGGCGCAGAACUUUGAGUACAAGAUGUCAAACAUUCUCGACAAACCGCUCGAGUCUGCUUUUGGGUUUAUCUCUGUCCUUCCCGGUGCGUUUUCGGCGUACAGAUACACAGCUUUGCUCAGAGGCGGGUUCCAGAUCUCGCCUGCUGGAGACGCAAAGCUGGAGAACGUGAAUGAAUACGGCCCGCUCGACAAGUACUUCCUUGGCGAGACUAUCCACACUUCCAACGCCGGAAUUUUCACAAAGAAUAUGUACCUGGCCGAGGACCGAAUUCUCUGCUACGAGCUUGUUUCGAAACGCGGCGCGUCGUGGGUGCUGCAUUAUGUCAAGAACGCGCACGCCGAGACCGACGUCCCCGGUGAUUUAGCCGAGAUGAUCCUGCAGCGUCGUCGCUGGUUGAACGGUUCGUUCUUUGCCGCCCUGUACUCGCUCACGCACGCGUUCAACAUCUGGCGAUCGAACCACUCGAUCUUCCGCAAACUGAUGUUCCACGUCGAAUUUUUCUACCAGUUCAUCUCGAUCCUGUUUUCGUGGUUCGGACUCGCAAACUUCUUCCUCGUGUUUAGACUGCUGACGGCCAGUGUCGGCGCGGCCGGCAUGGGCUUCACCGCCGGUCGGUAUCUCGGCGUGGUCCUCGAAUGGCUGUACGCGGGCUGUCUGAUUGUCUGCUUCGUGCUCUCGCUGGGAAACAAGCCGCAGGGCACAAAAAAGGCGUAUCUGACGAUGGUCUACUUCUUUGCGUUCCUGAUGUGCUACCUCACUUUUGCGGUGAUUUACGUCGCCGUGAAGUCUGUGCAGUCUGUCCAGGACGAUCUCGAGUCGGACGAUAAUCGCGGGAUCGAGUUUAAGGAUUUCUUUACGAAUAGCGUGCUUAGAGGACUUAUUCUGUCGCUCGGGUCGACUUAUGUGCUGUACUUUGUCGCGUCGUUUAUGUUUUUCGAGUUUGGACAUAUGUUCACUUCUCUCUUCCAGUACAUGCUCCUGAGUCCCUCCUACAUCAACGUCCUAAACGUCUACGCGUUCUGCAACAUCCACGAUAUCUCAUGGGGCACCAAAGGCGACACCGGCUCCAAGAACGAUCUCGGCAAAGCGAAAUCCAAAGGCGACGGCGAAUCCAAGACCGCGCGGAUAGCGGUGCCCACGCGGCCGGACGAGAUCGACGAGGAAUACCGCAAGCAGUGCGAGAUGCUGCUGAUCGACCCGAAACAGAUCGUGGAGGUCAAGAGUCCGAAGCAGCAAGAAGACGACGCGCGCAAAGUCGCAGAGGAGAAAGCAAACAGCUACUACGCGCUCGUGCGCUCCGUCGUCGUGCUCACCUGGAUGGUGAGCAAUUUCGCAAUCGUCGCGGUCGUGCUGCAGACCGCGGGCUUGUCGCGACUGACCAGCAGCGACAGCGAUAGUGACUCGGACUCGUCUGAUCGGCAGGAGGAGAUUUCGUCUGUGUAUUUGCAGGUGAUUUUGUGGACUGUUGCGGCGCUGGCUUUUGUGAGGUUUGUCGGGGCGUCGUUUUAUUUGGUCAUGAGGUUUUUCUAG